ACUUGCAGGAUUUACGACACCACGCUGGCCGUACGGCCGUUAAUGUAGUGGCUACGACAGUGCAGCUAGCAUGUGAGAAGUUUGAUUUCGCUUUUUAUCAGACUUUGUUCGAGAAUUCGUAAACUUUUAAGCGACCAGCGGCAUCAUGCACGAAAGGUCGCUCCCCGCCUCCCCCAACUGGUACUGCUCCCGUUGCAGUGACGUCAACGGCAGUGGUUUGUUGGGCGUCGGAGCCAAAAACAUCAUCUUCUUGAUUGAUGUAUCUGCAUCCUCCUGCAGGGUUACAGGUGAGCUCGUCGGCCAUAGAGACUUGGUGUCGGGCUUUUCUUUCUGUCAGCAUGCGGGGCAGAGUCACAUCUGCGUCAGCUCCUCCAACGACGGGACCGUUCGCUUCUGGGACUCAGACAGCAAGGUUUUAAUACGUGAGCAGGCAGCCCACCAGAACUCUGUCGCAGCGGUGCACUGGUCUCCAGUGGACAAAAACCUGGUGGUGUCGGGGGACGAGAAGGGCAUUGUGGUCUGUCACUGGUACCACACAGGAGACACCGCCAGCUUCUUCCCAGAGCCCAGGACCAUCUUCUGCAUCUCCUGCUCCCCUCACACCUGGAGCUCUGUGGCUGUGGGGUACAAAGAUGGGAUGAUCGUGCUGAUUGACGUGAGCAAGAAAGGCGAGGUGACGCACCGUCUCCGUGGACACGACGACGAGAUCCACUCGCUGGCGUGGUCGCCGUUGGUCAGCGAGGACGCCCUUUGCAGCAGACUUGAGGACAUAGAAGCAACCAGUGGAGUGUCUGCAGGAGACGAGAAGGGCUGCUAUCUCGCGUCCGGGAGCAAAGACCAGACGUUGAGGAUCUGGAGCUCAGCGAAGGGAAAAAGUGUGAUGACUCUGAAGCUGCCGUACCUGAAGAAAAGAGGCUCUGCCGUCGACCCCGGUGUCAAAGAGAGACUCUGGCUCCACGUCCACUGGCCGAAGGGACGACCAACACAACUUGUGUCCAGCUGCUUUGGUGGUGAGUUGGUGAUGUGGGACUUGACCCGGACGGGGAAGCAGAGGUGGACUCUGUUUGGGACGUCCUCAGAGGGACAGAACCACAGCAGGAUCAUCUUCAACAUGAGCUCAGUCCGCCUGCAGGACGACCGCGAGCUGCUCAUCAGCACCUCCAUGGACCGAGAGAUUAAAUGCUGGGACCUGGCCUCUCUGGACUGCUGCUGGACCCUGCCCACCCUGGGCGGCUUCGUCUACGCACUGAGCUUCUCCCCCGUGGGUACAGGGUGCCUGGCGCUGGGCGUCGGUGACAGCAUGAUCCGGGUGUGGAACACACUGACCACCCAAAACCAGUACGACACCAGGUCCUUCUGGCAGGGCAUCAAGUCCAAGGUCACAGCGCUGGCGUGGCACCCAAAGAAAGAAGGAUCCUUGUCUUUUGGAACAGACGACGGUAAAGUCGGUAUCUACGAAGUCUUUUCAAACAGGCCUCCUCAGAUAUCGAGCUCCUAUCACAAAAAGACGGUGUACACACUGGCCUGGGGACCCCCGGUCCCCCCGAUGUCGUUUGGUGCCGCAGGAGGAAAGCCGUUCCACAGCCUGUACAGCUGCGCCGGCGAAGGCAUCAUCCUGCAGCACGACCCGUCCAAGCUGAACGGAGAGGCCUCGGACAUCGACAAGCUGAUCCGGGACACCAACAACAUCAAGCACAAGCUGUCUCCGCACACCGACCUCAGCUGGAAGCCAGACGGGAAAGUGGUCGCCAUCGGCAACGAGGACGGGUGCGUUGAAGUGUACGAGGCCCCCAGUCUGCGGCUGCUGUGCAGCAUCCAGCAGCACCACAAGAUCAUCAACGCGUUGCGGUGGCACCCCGACCUCGACUCCCCGCCAGAGCUGCGCUGCCUCCUGGCGUCGGGCUCCAGCAACGCCACCGUCUACGUGCACGACCUCCGCUCCGUCAUCGAGAACCCCCCAGAAGUCCCCGCGGUGUUGACGGAGCCGUACCGCAGGCUGUGCGGUCACACAUCUAAAAUCACCGGCAUGGCCUGGAGUCCACACCACGAAGCCCGGCUGGUCACCGUCUCAUACGAUGGCACGGCCCAGGUGUGGGACGUGCUGCAGGAGGCGGCCGUCUCCAACUACCGGGGCCAUGUUGGUUAUCUGCUGUGCGUGGACUGGUCGCCCGUCGACCCGGAUGUGAUCUGGACCGGCGGGAAGGACUUCACCCUGCAGGAGUGGAGAGUCUCCAAACAAGAGUUUACAAAGCCACCUAAAGGGAAAAAGAUGGUCGACCUGAAGGAGAAGAUGAAGACCAAUUCCAAGCAGAAGAAGAAGAACAAGAAGGCGCCGGGGGGCGGAGGAGCGGCGGCGCCAGCGGCGAACGGCGAGCAUGUCGCGGGUGGAGGGAAGGCGUUGACGGGGCAGGAGCUGUCGGGUGAAGAUGAGGAGGAUGAGGUCCGCUCAACGAACAGCCCUGUGCCUCCGUCGGGUGAGAGAGGAGCUGUUACAGCCACUUUUGAGUUGCAAAGAAAAUCUUUCACUGCCAUGAAAAGCAAAGACAAACCAGACCUAAACCUGCUGAAGAAGAAGAAGCCUCGCUCCAUGCUGCCCAUCAGCACCUCCAUGGACCAUCGGCCCAAAGAGGAUCUGCUGCAGGACUGCGUCACGCUGGCCUCCGUCAGACAUGACACCGCUCCUCCUGCAAGGUGCGUCCCAGGCCAAGGAGAGCAUAUCCACCUGGGCCUCUUCUCUGACAGACAGGCUCUGUAUCGCAUGUUUGAGGCAGAAGAGGAGGGUCACGUGGAGGCGGGCCACUACGACUCGGUCGUGUACCUGCGGCUGUGGAGCGGAGACCUGGAGGGGGCGCUGCAGCUCGCCGUGGAGAAAGGGGAGCUCAGUGACCACCUGCUCUCCAUCGCCCCCAUGGCCGGGUUCGAGGUGUGGAGCCGCACGGUGGAGGCCUUCGUCAAGCAGCUGUGUCUGCAGGAGCAGUACCUGAAGGCAGCGUCCCACCUGCUGUCGCUCAACAAGCUGUACGAGGCCGUCGGCCUGCUGCGCUCUCACAAGCUCUACAGGGAGGCCAUAGCUCUGGUCAAAGCCAGGCUGCCAGCCGACGAGCCCGUCCUGAAGGAGCUGUACACCAGCUGGGCCGCCACGCUGGAGAAGGACGGCCAUUUCUCUGCGGCCGCUAAAUGUUACCUGGCUGCUGGGGCCAGCUUCGACGCCGCGAAGGUCAUCGCCAGGAAGAAUGACGUCCCCUCGCUGAGGACAGCGGCCAGUCUCGCGAGGAUCUCGGGAGAGGACGCUCUGGCUCGGUCGCUGGCGCUGAGGUGCGCUAAGGACCUGGUCGCCGCUGAGGACUGGAUCACAGCCCAGGAUGUCCUGAGCUCACAGGAGAGCCUGCUGGUUCACAGGCUGCAUUUCUGCGUCGCUGAGCUGAUGACUGCGAUGCCGGCGGCCUCUCGAGCCGCACCUCAGCUCUGCGCCUCCGGUGCCCCGUGGGCGUCGCCCGGCGAGCAUCGCGUCAGCCUCCAGGACCGAGUGAGAGACGCGUGGGAGGCGCGGUUUGGCGUUUCCCAAAGUUCCGCGGGACACCGCAGCGCCGGCGCCCUUCUGCAGGAGCUGAAGUCCGCCGAGAGUCCAACACCCACCGCCAACAUUCCUCUCGGACAGGUUCAGCUUUAUUCGUCCCUACAUCUGACCCGGGCCGUGCUAAGCUGGUUAUUGGGCGAUGACGGUCAGCUGAUAAAGGAGCUGUGGCAGGCGGUGGCCUGGCUCAGAGACGCCGGACACUUCCGCGUCUCCGCAGAGCUCUGCAGGCGGCUGUUCCCAGACGGUGACGUCAGUGUUUGUUCCAGGAAACACUCCAAAGUGCUUCAUCACGCAGAAGAGGAACCUCAAGCCGCUGCUAAGAGUCUGCAGGCGUUCGUCCAUUACCACCGUCUGUACGAACACUGGUGGAGCAACUCCAUCCAGAUCCAGAGCGGCGUCCCCCUCCCAGCAGCCGGCCCCGGAGACGAGGCGCAGGGUGAAGCGUUGAACGGAGACGCGUCCGUAGAGGGCGUCAGCCCGGCGAGUUGUGAGAAGCUGGACUUUGACGCUUCCGCCCUUCUGUCUGAGCGCCACGCCGCCUGUCAGGCCGCUCAGAGGUCGGUGGGCGAGAUCCAGGAGCGGCUGGCAGCCAUGGUGCUGAAGCACAGCCGAGCCCAGGGAGGGCAGCUCGACCCCGGAGAGAACGAGGCGGAUGCGCAGAGCUCCGCCUCCGGAGAGAACAAGGCGGACGCGCAGAGCUCCGCCUCCGGAGAGCCCUUGGACAGCCAGGGGUCCGCUGAUGCCGGGCAACGCCCCGAGGACCCGGAGACGCUGCUCUCUCUGUCCGCCAAGAUGUCAGAACACCAGAAGCGGCUGAUGGACCUACCCGACACGAUCAAGAUGUACCCUCACCCGGACGUUGUGGAGUGCUGCCUGGUUCUGCUGCACCUCAGGAGGUCUUCUCCGUCCGUGUUGGAGACGCUCCGACAGAAGGCCAAAGAUCUGCUCCGCCAAUACGGAACGGAUGCCUCGGCCUUCAAAGCCUCCCAGCAGUUCCUCCCCUGAGUCCGGCGGCGGCGGACUGAGAGAAGCACUUCCACUGUACAGCUUUUUGUUGAAUGAAUAAAUGUUUAAAUACGAGAA